AAAUUAACCCUCUCCACUUUUCUUUAUACACACCCAUGCCUUGUUUAGCAGAUCAAGCACAUAAUCUCUAGUUUGUUAACAAAGACUUUAAAACCGUUGAAAAUGGCUUUAAUGGUCAUUUCCACUCUCUUUUGCUUGUUCAGUUUCUGUGUUUUGGCUACUAUUGCAAGGGAAGUUCCUCAACAGAGCAACUUAGAAACUUAUAUCGUUCGCCUUGAGCCCCGAGACGGUCCUGUCACCGAGUCAGAAGACUUGGAAAGCUGGCACCAUUCAUUUUUGCCAGCAACAAUUGAAAGCACUAAUUAUCAUUCUCGCAUGAUUUAUUCCUAUCGCAACGUGAUGCAGGGAUUUGCCGCGAGAUUAUCUCCUGAAGAAGUGAAAGAAAUGCAGAAAAAGAAAGGUUUUAUUUCUGCGCGCCCACCAGAAAGACUAUCCCUACAUACGACUCAUUCUCCUAGUUUCCUGGGGUUACAACAAAAUGUGGGAUUCUGGAAAGACUCAAAUUAUGGUAAAGGUGUGAUCAUUGGCAUCUUGGACUCUGGAAUCACACCUGACCACCCUUCCUUCGGUGAUGAAGGGAUCCCUCCUCCACCUGCUAAAUGGAAGGGCAGGUGUGAACUCAGACCUGCAUCCUUGUGUAACAAUAAAAUCAUUGGUGCACAACACUUCAUCCAAGAUGAUCAAAAUGGUACAUCAGCUGAUGAAAGUGGUCACGGUACUCAUACUGCAAGCACAGCCGCUGGAAACUUUGUCAAAGGUGCCAAUGUCUAUGGAAAUGCAAACGGCACAGCUGCAGGUGUAGCUCCUCUUGCGCACUUGGCAAUAUAUAAGGUAUGUAGCAUUGGUUGCUCUGAGAGUGACGUAUUGGCUGGAAUAGACACUGCUAUUGAGGAUGGGGUCGAUGUGAUUUCCAUUUCUCUUGGUGGCACAUCCAAACCUUUCUAUGACAACUAUGUUCCGCUUGGUGCAUAUAGUGCAAUGGAAAAGGGUAUUUUUGUUAGUUGCUCAGCCGGAAAUGAAGGCCCUGAUUAUUUCUCUGUGGGUAACGAUGCCCCUUGGAUUCUCACUGUUGGUGCAAGUACCAUGGACAGAAAGAUCAGGGCCUCUGCAAUGCUUGGUAACAAUGAGAAACUAGAAGGGGAAUCAGCUUUCCAACCUAAAGAUUACGCCUCAACAAUGUUUCCUCUUGUUUAUCCCGGAUCUAAUAAGAGCGAUCCAUUUGCUGCUUAUUGUUUUCCAGAUUCAUUAAACAACACUGGUGUCAAAGGAAAGACAGUCUUGUGUGAGAGAGGUUUACCAGGAGUUACAAUGGGGGAACUUGUGAAGGCCGCUGGUGGCGCAGCCAUGAUCAUCAUAAACCCAGAGGAUUGGGGUUACACCACACAAGCUGAUGCUCAUGUACUUCCUGCUGCACAUUUGAGUUAUGUUGAUGGAGUUAAGAUCAAGGCUUAUAUGAACUCCACAAAGUUGCCCAAGGCUGCAAUCUUCUUCAAUGGAACUGCAAUAGGAGAUGAUCAAGCUCCGGCUGUUGCUUCAUUCUCAUCUAGAGGCCCAAGUGAGGCAAGUCCAGGCAUCUUGAAACCAGACAUAGUCGGCCCUGGGGUGAAUAUUCUUGCAGCAUGGCCUGUCUCUGUUGAAAACAACACCAAAACAAAAUCCACUUUCAAUUUCCUUUCUGGCACCUCAAUGUCUUCCCCACACCUUAGCGGUGUCGCGGCCUUGCUCAAGAGUGCACACCCUGAUUGGUCUCCCGCUGCAAUUAAAUCUGCAAUCAUGACUACAGCUGAUUCUGUCAACCUCGAGAAGAAGCCAAUUGCAGAUCAACUAAACCUCCUCCCUGCUGAUGUCUUUGCCACUGGUGCAGGCCAUGUGAACCCAUCAAGAGCCAACAAUCCAGGUCUCGUCUACGAUAUUGAACCUAAAGAUUACAUACCUUAUCUAUGCGGCCUGAAUUACACCAACAGGGAGGUUGGCAUGCUGCUACAACGUCAUGUGAACUGCUCGGUAGAAUCAAGGAUACCAGAUUCACAACUAAACUACCCUUCUUUUUCCAUCGUCUUUGGAGCAACUGUGCAGACAUAUACAAGAACAGUGACUAAUGUUGGUGAGGCUGAUUCGGUUUACACAGUUAAUAUUGUCCAACCACGAGGAGUAACUGUGAAUGUGGAACCAGAUACGCUCAAAUUCUCGAAGCUGCACGAAAAAUUGACGUAUGAAGUUAGAUUCAUUCGACUUGCAAAUGCUCCAAACGUUUCAGCUUCUCAAGGAUCUCUGACAUGGACUUCAGAUAAGUACUCAGUCAGGAGCCCAAUUGCAGUCACUCUCAAUACCAGCGAGUUGCUCUAGCUCUACAGCACCAGCAGCAAUAAAAUAAACUUGGAGUCCAGAUUGUAUAUGCAUUAUUUUGAAAUUUGCUUGACAUAAUAUUAUCUGGAAUUGUUUUGAGCAAUUCUUUUUGCUGUGCUCUUCAGGCACAUUUAAUAUUGCAAUUUGGGAGUUCAAUUUUAAA